CUUGAAGUCAACCUAGUUUCAGCUCGCGAUGGAAUCAAUCAAUGUCGACGUGCUAGUAUGCGGCGGAGGAAUGUCGGGCAUGGCGUGUGCCUCCUUCGCAGCACAAUCUGGAGCUAAAGUGUUGGUGGUCGAGAAGCAGAAUGCUGUGGGCGGAUCGUCCAACUACUCUGCAGGCAUGUUCUGGGGCCCCCAAUCGUACGAGAAACUGAGAUCGUGGGUACCCGAUGGCGAUCCAGAACUGCAGCGCGCCUGGUUAGACGACUACCUAUCAGCAGUGCAAUGGAUGCGCGAGAACCAGGUACCUACAGCGCCUCGCUUUGAUGGAAUCAUGACAAUCGGAAUUGGAUUCCCGAUCAAGAUCCCCCACCUCCACGACCUCCAUCGCCGCCGAAUUGAGUCCAGCCAGACCGGUUCGGAGAUCUGGACAAACACCGCGGUAGUCAAGCUUCUCCAGGAGCAUCCUGGCGUCUCGGGCUCUCGCAUCAGGGGUGCCAUCGUUCGUCGCGAGGCGUCCAAUGGCCAACCCGCGUCAUACUUCCAGGUCACAGCCCAGAAAGUCGUCCUAGCCACCGGCGGUUUCCAAGGCUCGUCUCGUCUGACCGCGGAAUACCUAGGGCAGGGCGCGGACAAUGUAUUUGUGCGUUCCAAUAAAGGCUCGGUGGGGGAUGGGUUGAAUCUCGCUGUUGGAGCUGGCGCCGCGACAAGUCGAGGCAUGAAUACUUACUACGGGCAUCUCAUGGCUGCACCCCUACGCGCCGACCAGGUAGAUCCAAAGGACUAUCUGCCAUUGGCUCAAUACCAGAGCAAAUACUGUCUCCUACUCAACGAGUCCGGGCGUCGUUUUACCGACGAAACCAUCGGCGAUGAGAUAAUAAACCAGUACCUCGCAAAGGAGGAGAAACGUCGAGGAUUCCUGAUAUUCAAUGAGAAAACCCGCCUGCAGCACUGCGUAAGUGCAUUAUUCCCCAACGCCGGUGACAUCGAUCGUCUCCAAAAGGCUCGCGAGCAUGGAUGUAAUGUCGGUACUGCAUCGACACUGGGUGAACUGGUCCAAGUACUCGCAGGAUGGGGAGUUGAUGGCGUCAACGCCAGGCGAACGAUUCAAGAGUACGACAGGGUGAUCCGGCAAAAUGAACCUGGGCUAGGGCUCGACGCCCCAGUUGGGCGGGGAGGAGCACCUCCCACCGCGCUGGUAGAAGGAGAAGGCCCAUUCCACGCAAUCGAAGUUCAGCCAUCUAUCACCUUCACAUAUGGCGGAAUAAAGAUCGACAAAGAGGGCCACGCCCUGACCGCAGACAAUAACCGAAUUCCCGGCCUCCAGGUCGCAGGCGUCGACGCUGGUGGGUUCAGUAACUUGGGGUAUGCGGGUGGAUUGGCACUCGCAUUUGUGACUGGUUUCUGGGCUGCGAAGGAGGUUGCAAGAGAACUGAAGCUCCCUCUGCCAAAGCUUCCGCCUGCGGAUCCGAGGGAUGCUGAGGCUAUUCCGGUCAAGGGGCGACUGUAAAUAGACAGGCGUGGCCGGCCCAAAUGCGGACAGGGAAUUAUUAGACUAAUCUAUUCCACAUUGUAAG